AGUGCAGCAGGCAGUUUGGUCGACUGGUUAGUCUGAAGACUCACAUUCGGACUCAUACAGGUGAGAAACCAUACAGGUGUGAGGAAUGUAGUAGUCAGUUCAGUCAACGAAGUGCUCUAAAGUGUCACAUGCGGACUCACACAGGUGAGAAACCCUACAGGUGUGAGGAGUGCAGCAGGCAGUUCAGUCAUCUGUGUAAUCUCAAGGCACACAUGCGGACUCACACAGGUGAGAAACCCUACACGUGUGAGGAGUGCAACAGGCAGUUCAGUACGCUGUGUAAUCUCAAGACACACAUGCGGACUCACACAGGUGAGAAACCCUACACGUGUGAGGAGUGCAGCAGGCAGUUCAGUCGUCUGGAUCAUCUGAAGUCUCACAUGCUGACUCACACAGGGGAGAAACCCUACAGAUGUGAUGAGUGCAGCAGGCAGUUCAGUCGUCUGGAUCAUCUGAAGUCUCACAUGCUGACUCACACAGGGGAGAAACCCUGCAAGUGUGAGGAGUGCGGCAGGCAGUUCAGUGAGCUCGGUAAUCUGAAGAAACACAUACAGACUCACACAGGCGAGAAACCCUACAAGUGUGAGGAGUGCAGCAGGCAGUUCAGUCAGAUGGGUUAUCUGAAGUCUCACAUGCGGACUCACACAGGGGAGAAACCCUACAAGUGUGAGGAGUGCAGCAGGCAGUUCAGUCAGCUGAGUAAUCUGAAGUCUCACAUGCGGACUCACACAGGGGAGAAACCCUACAGGUGUGAGCAAUGCAGCAGGCAGUUCAGUGAACUGGGUGAUCUGAAGAAACACAUGAGGACUCACACAGGUGAGAAAUCCUACAGAUGUGAGGAGUGCAGCAGGCAGUUCAGUCAGCUGGGUCAUCUGAAGUCUCACAUGCUGACUCACACAGGGGAGAAACCCUACAGGUGUGAGGAGUGCAGCAGGCAGUUCAGUCAGCUGGGUCAUCUCAAGGCACACAUGCUGACUCACACAGGUGAGAAACCCUACAAAUGUGAGGAGUGCAGCAGGCAGUUCAGUCAGCUGGGUCAUCUGAAGUCUCAUAUGCUGACUCACACAGGGGAGAAACCCUACAGGUGUGAGGAGUGCAGCAGGCAGUUUAGUCAUCUGACCAAUCUGAAGACACACAUGCAGACUCACACUGGAGAGAAACCCUACAGGUGUGAGCAGUGCAGCAGGCAGUUCAGUCAUCUGAGUAAUCUGAAGUCUCACAUGCGGACUCACACAGGUAAGAAACCCUACAGGUGUGAGGAGUGCAGCAGGCAGUUCACUCAGCUGAGUAAUCUGAAGUCUCAUAUGCGGACUCACACAGGUGAGAAACCCUACAGGUGUGAGGAGUGCAGCAGGCAGUUCAGUCAUCUGUGUAAUCUCAAGGCACACAUGCGGACUCACACAGGUGAGAAACCCUACAGGUGUGAGGAGUGCAGCAGACGGUUUAGAGCGCUUGGUAAUUUGAAGAAACACAUGCAGACUCACACAGGUGAGAAGCCGUUUAAGUGUGAGGAGUGCAGCAGGCAGUUCAGUCAGCUGUGUAAUCUCAAGGCACACAUGCGGACUCACACAGGUGAGAAGCCGUUUAAGUGUGAGGAGUGCAGCAGGCAGUUCAGUCUGCUGGGUGACCUAAAGACUCACAUGCGGACUCACACAGGGGAAAAACCCUACAGGUGUGAGGAAUGCUGCAGGCAGUUCAGUCAGCUAAGUAGUCUGAAGAAACACAUGCGGACUCACACAGGUGAGAAACCCUACAGGUGUGAGGAGUGCAGCAGGCAGUUCAGUCAGCUGGGUGACCUAAAGACUCACAUGCGGACUCACACAGGGGAGAAACCCUACAGGUGUGAGGAGUGCAGCAGGCAGUUCACUCAGCUGAGUAAUCUAAAGACUCACAUGCGCACUCACACAGCUGAGAAACCCUACAGGUGUGAGGAGUGCAGCAGGCAGUUCAGUGAACUGGGUGAUCUGAAGAAACACAUGCGGACUCACACUGGAGAGAAACCCUACAGGUGUGAGGAAUGCUGCAGGCACUUCAGUCAGCUAAGUAGUCUGAAGACUCACAUGCGCGCUCACACAGGUGAGAAACCCUUUAGGUGUGAGGAGUGCAGCAGGCAGUUCAGUCAGCUGGGUAAUCUGACGAAACAUAUGCGAACCCACACAGGGGAGAAACCCUACAGGUGUGAGGAAUGCAGCAGGCAGUUCAGUGAACUGGGUGAUCUGAAGAAACACAUGCGGACUCAUACUGGGGAGAAACCCUACAAAUGUGAGGAGUGCAGCAGGCAGUUCAGUCUGCUGGGUAAUCUGAAGAAACACAUUAGGACUCACACGGGGGAGAAGCCCUACACGUGUGAGGAGUGCAGCAGGCAGUUCAGUCAGUUAAGUAAUCUGAAGAAACACAUGCGGACUCACACAGGGGAGAAACCCUACAGGUGUGAGGAGUGCAGCAGGCAGUUUGGUCAACUGACUGGUCUGAAGAAACACAUGCGGACUCACACUGGUGAGAAACCCUACAAGUGUGAGGAGUGCAGCAGGCAGUUCACUCAGCUGAGUAAUCUGAAGUCUCACAUGCGGACUCACACAGGUGAGAAAUCCUACAGGUGUGAGGAGUGCAGUAGGCAGUUCAGUAGGCUCGGUAGCCUGAAGAGACACAUGCAGACACACCUGUGAGAAACCCUAUAGGUGUGACUGAGGAGUACAAAACCUCACAGUUUUGAGGAUUGUGUUGUGAAUCUGGUCCUUUGAAAUAUAUAGGUUUUAAAGUCUGACAGGGAAGAAACUUCAACAGUGUGAGGACUUAAAAAAAACUACACACCUGGGCCAUUGCAAGAGACACAUACAAACUCUCAAGUGGGGGAUUUUAGAAUACCUCAACUUGUGUGCAGGCCAUAAUGACCUAAAGAAGGCGGGUCAUGUGAAACCAUACAGGGAAAAAAAAGAAAUAGUAGUACUUGGAUUGAUGACAUUCAUGUUGUACAAGAUACCUUUUUGACUAUGAGCAAGUUGUAUUUACAAUCAUGUCAACUCUCUUUUAUGUGAAAGUGAGGAAUAAAACUAGUAAAGGAAACCUAUGAUGUACAUCAUAUACUACGUUUCAGUACAUUUUGUUAAGUCUACAGCAUAGCAUACAUAGGGGAUGUAAAACAUUGUAUAUCAAGCUAACUAACCCGUAACCUAAGUUUAUUUCUUUAAAGUUCUUUUGUUAUAGAGGACUCUAGAGUUUUGGUUUUAUAGAUAUUAGCAUGUUAUGGUUUAUUCUGUUAACCUAGAUAUUAAAUGUAUUUAUAGAUUCUUUAUUUAGUAUAGUAUUUGUUUUCUUGUUACUAAUCGUUGCCAUAGAUGACAGAAUUACAUACACUUUAUGUAAUUGUAGGUAAGUAAAGACUAGUGUUGUUGCUGAUAUUAUAAACAAGUGCAUAAAAUUUUGUAGCUAUAGUUAUAGAAGCUAAUAUUCACUCUUGAAGUAAAUAGAUCUAUAUGCGA